UUGUACAAUCUUUAACAUUACUUGGCAGUUAUUUCACUUUUCCUUCCCAAAAAUGUAUGUAGCUAUCCUAUUGUAAUGCCCAAAAAUGUAGUGAAUCUAUUUAUCGGAACGACAGAAAAUCAAAAACCACACGUUUUCUUGGCGUUGUUUGUUAUCCGGCGUUGCGUUUUUAUUAAAGUGUAUCGUUUAUUUUCGCUGUUAUGAUAUAAAAUGUAGUGUGGGGACGUUGUCCGAUACUCAUUUAUAUGUUUACAUCCUAAAUUUGCAAUAAACCGUACAAUAAACAUGUAGCCGCAAAUUAAAUUAUAAUACGAUGUUUGCAAUAGCAGCGUUCCCUAGAGCCAUUUGACACCGAUGUAAACGUAAUAGAUGGAUCAUACUUAGCAUAUGGCGGUAGUGAUGGGUUCGCCGACUCAGCCGGAGGGCGCGGGCUGGUUAGACAUGGAGCGGCUGGAGAGCGCGCUGGGCCGCAAGCUGACCUCCAUCGACCUGGUGGGCGGCAUCUUCUGCAGCAUCUGUCAGUCCACGUUCGGGAACAAGAAGGACUACGACUCGCAUUAUGUGGACCACAACAUUGGCGACGCAGAUAUCGGCUAUACUUGCGUUGUGUGCCGCAAGCAGUUCUCGGGCUACCCCAGCUUCCGCAACCAUUGCUACUUGGCUCAUGUUGCUAAAAACAAACACAGGUGUUUACAUUGCUCCAAAACAUUUUCAAAACAAUCAAUUCUAAACAGUCACAUUGAUGCUACUCACAAUUUCAGAUGUGAAACUUGCCAAAUUCACUUUCCAUCCAAAAAGGAACUAACAACCCAUCAAGUUGUACACGGGAAGGAGAAACCACCAUACAAUUGCCAAGAAUGUGGGGAUCACAUAGAAAGUAUUGACAUGUGCGAGCUGCACAUAGACAAGCACUGCACCACGGUGUACUCCUGCCCGGUGUGCAACGAACAAACCAACAACAAGCUGGACGCUGCCAAACAUCUCACUAUCCACUUUGGCGAAGUACUUACGGAUGAAGACAUUACUACUUCCAAAAUUGGGGAGGACUGUUCUAUUGACAUCCUUGGGGGAGUCCUCUGUAACUACUGCGACGAGUUGUUCAAGAACAGAAUAGAGUUUGACACACAUUACACUACAGAACACGGAGAUAAGCCACUGGUCUACUCAUGUAACAUUUGUGGGAAGCAGUAUGACAAAUACCAUUUGUUUGGAAACCACUGCUAUGAUCAUAUGACCAAAGGUAGAUUUGAAUGCACAGACUGCGGCAAGUCAUUCUGUCGGCUGUCACUCCUGGUGACUCACACUGAGGCGUUCCACUCUGCCGAUUCCGGGGACAAGCCAUUCCGCUGUGGCACUUGUGGCUACGGCUUCAAGUCUGCUAAGAGAUUGUGUGAACACACCCGAGUUGUGCAUGCUACUAGUGCUUUGAGGUGCACGCAGAACGGCUGUAAUGAGAUGUUCGAAUCUCUGAAGGAGCUGCUGUUCCACCAGCGCUCGCACCGCUCGGCGCUGGACAACUGGUGCCGGCAGUGCGGGCUGCAGUUCAGCUCGCUGGCGGCCGCCGAGCGCCACCUCGACGUGCACCGCAAGAAGCACUACGCCUGCCCCGUCUGCCCCAAGACCUACCGCGAGAAGUACCUCAUCCUCAAGCACGUGCCCACGCACUUCGAGUCAGUCCUCCAUGUCUGCAAAGUCUGUGGCAAAGUCUUCAACCAACGCUCUCGUCUCGUUCAACACUCCAAAACCCAUUCAGCUCUCCGAACCCACACGUGCAGUGUGUGCAGCAAGGGCUUCAUGAAGGCCGCCGUGCUCGAGCAGCACAUGAACAUCCACCUCGGGUACCGCCCCUUCAAGUGCACCGUCUGUCCCAAGACCUUCGCCAGCCACCCCAACUUUCACAAACAUAUGCGCCGUAUACACAACAUACCCAAGAAAGAUAUACAAACCUUUAAUAAUAUAAUGAAAACUACUCCUGAACAAGUCCCAGUCACUGUAAUCGAUAAUAGCGACACUAAAAUGAAAAUCGAGUCAGGAAUCGAUUCUACGAGUUCAGAAAUGUCUCUAGAGACACACAGUUUUGCUGAGUCAGAUGAUAGUACAAUGGACAGUAUUGAUCCAACCAUCAUAAAGAGAGAUUGGAGUAUCUCCAAUGAAAGUUCCAUUAUUGAAAACAUAGAUACACUACAAUAUACUGAUAUGCUGCCGGCUAACAGCACCACAUUUAUUGAUUUUGAGCUCUCCACAGAAGUAAUGUCCAAUCAAGCAACGCCUGCAGGCCAGGCGUGGCCCGGGCAAGACGGACAGCUGCUGCUGCCCGGGCAAGACAUACAGGGCCUGGCCGGGCAGGAGCCUGCAGGGCUGGUGCCGGCGGAGUACGGGCCGGAGUUCAACGUGGCGUCCGGCGUGUGGUCGGGCGGGGUCAUCGACCUGGACGAGCAGUACCUGCCGCACAUCGACCCGCGCCUCACCAUCAAGCCGCCCGUGGAGGCGCCGCCAGCAGACGCCUGGGAGCCUAUCAUCACGAAGGUAUACAGCGUCUUCGAAGACGCUGAACUCAAUCGACUCUCCAUAUUAAAGACCGACAUAUUCUAAACGCCCCGACACUCUCGCACUACACUAGAAAUGCCAAAGGCGUAAUUGCACUUGCUCAGUAUCUCGUAUUUGAUUGACAUACACCUCAUAGAAACAUUCAGAGAACUACCGGCCGUAAAUUUUAUUUCAUAGUACCAUUUCUAACGCAAUGUGAGCAAAACAUUCAAGUAACAUCUCUCGUGCAUCCAAAUACGCAAUAACAACCAAGUGCAAUUACGCUAUAACGUGCGACACCCACACUAAUAGUAGAUUUUAAUGAUUUAAUAGUAUUCGUUCCGGUCAAGCGGGUUCAAUCACCUAUAGAUGUUUAAUUAUAAAGAUUACAUUAAUUAGUGGGACCCGCUCGGCCGACCACACAGCUACCUCAGGCAAACGACUAUAUACCUCAGUAAUCCAUAGGAAAUAUUUUAAUGUAACUGUUGAUAUAUACAUUUAUAUAACAUAGAUCCCACCAAACAUUAGUUGGUUAAUGUUCUUUAAUCAUAUUCAUAAUAAUGCUACCUCAUUUAGUUGUUUAAGUUAUCGAUAUAGAUUGUUGCUUAAACGUAUGCCUCGUUCAGAUGUACAACAGUAUGUAGUGAUGUGCCAUGUAACGACGAGAACGCGAGUCCUAGUCGAGUACUGCGGGCUAGAAGUGAUGGGUGCAUGUCGAUGUUUCACCAUAUAAUGUUGCCAUGUUUAUCGACCAAUGUCAGAAUUAAAAUGGUUUGUUUAAAUGGUCGUUAUCUGGCUACGGAGCCUCCAUCUCGAAUAUCUUAGUAAUAUGAGACAUGGCAUGCUCGCCUGACGUUCGCAGUACGCGACUCUUGCGCGGUUCUUGUAAAAGUAACGAGUCGUUUUGUUUAUGGGUGGUAGGUUUUUGACAUAAGCCUCAUGGAAUAAGCACUCCACCGUUUGCGAGCAAAACGAGUCGUUUUUUUUUUUUAUAGGAGCCGUGUAUAUAAAGUCCAUGCGUCGCCUGACGCCAGUAAAAUCUUUAAAUUGCAGUAAAAACUAUUCGGUUCCAAUAUUGUAUUAUAUUCGAUGAUUAUGAUCCAAAGUUAGGGUAAGAUGAUUUGGUGAACAAAUUAUUUGCAUUUGUAAAUAUUUUGGUACUUGCGGCACUUGCAUUUUCGACGCUUUUUGAGGCCGCCGUUGGUUCUAGGGAAUAGGAUUGUGGAGAAUGGAAGGCAAGGAAUAUAUCUCGACUGCUUUUGGAUGUCAGCUGUAUAGCUAGCUCGAGUUAUGUAAUCGUGGGGCUUCGAACUGAAGUCCAUUCUAGUCCAGAUGAGUGAGUAGUCAUCAAGUGUGUUGCCGCACAUUCUGCACAGGUUCUUGUUCGGUGACAGUAUAUGCUGUCCUAUGUGCUAUUCUCUUGUACAGGGAUUCGUGUAAGAUCUAAAGUAUGUUAUUGACUGACACGCAUUUACUUGAGUAGGACGUUGUGCCGUGGUUGGCUGGUUCCAACCACGUGGUGUUGGAGUAUCGCGGAGACCAACGGCGGUGUGCUCAUGCAUUUGAAUUUCGAUUCCUUUAUUAUUAUUGUUAUUUUUUUAUUCGGAAGUCGCGACGCCAAGCGUCGUGAUUUUAGUGUAAGUGAAUCGAUAGUGCUGUGAUAUUUUUUAUGUAUAUUUAGUGUUAAGAUUAGAGAGUGUAACGUAACGAGUGAGUACAAACCGUUAAACAUCGCGAGUAGCCGGCGGCCGCCCGCCGCCAGAGCAUUCGGUAAUAGACAAGUAAUGUUGCUACAAAACAUAUAGAUGCAAGAGCAUUCUAAUUAAAUUGAAAGGAAAUCGGUGUUUCCACACCAAAAAAAAUAAAAACUUGACAAUGUUUACUUAAGCAGAAUCAAGCUGCAAACUUAAAAUGUUGAUGUAAAUGUUAAAAAAGAGAAAAAAUAUUUAACUCCGAAAUAUAUUUUGGAGAGAAUUAUUUACAAGUAUGAGGAAGAGGGGUCUUAGUGAUAAAGAUAUCCAAAGACUGCUAGGUAUUAUAAGUUCUUUGAACUUGAAAUUCGACUUAUAAGUCAGGGAUUUAUGCGGAAUAAAGUCAGACGUAACGAAAGCAAACUAAUGUAAUAGAAAAACGGCGUAGCUAUCGGAUAAUCAUAGGCUUUGACAAGAAAACGACAAAAUUAACAAUGAAGCAAGUAUUUGGCGCCUGGAAUCACCUGCACAAGGUAUAGGCAGAGUUGCAUCGAUCACACACUCCGGCCGAGGCCGGCAGCAUGAGCGGAUCGCGGAUCCCGUGCAAGGAAAUUAACAAAACGAAAUUAAACGCGCGCACGCCGACCGGACAGGGAACGUAAAUUAUUUUUGUCUGCAUUUUCACUCGUAGUGGAAUUGUCCGGGCGGUGGUGGCGCGGCCAAUAACCACGCUAGAUUGGUUCCUCUUGGCGGCCGCGCGAGGGGCGACGAAACAAAAAAAUACAUAGUAUAAAUAAUCUUCAUGUGGCGUUAAAAUUGUACAAGUUUUGCCAAGUCGAUGAUAGCAGUAUUCUAUGUCUUUUUGUCGUGGUCGGUGUUUGUAAAUCUGUUAUGUCUAAAUUAUAAAUAAUAUAAAAAAAAGAAAAAUCCGUCUCCCCCGCGCGGUCCGUACAACGCUGUCAGUUCCGUGCGAGCUUACGACAGUUAUAAUAUAAUAGCAUUAACUCACAUACAAUAUAAGAUGUCUUUAACCUCACCUGAGGCUUUCAUUAUUUCAAUAUAAAUAGUACUUAUUUCGAACUUCUAUAAUCAUGAAAAAACCAUUUUGAUGUUAAAAAUUUGUUGCAAAGGGGACAAUUGUAUAUUUUCGCGGAAAUCUUGCCGAUUAUAAUAGAAGAAUUAAAAAUAUGAAUAAGUAGUUUUAUAAAACAAGGGUAUUAAAAAUAGAGCACAGUUUACAAAUGUUAGGGUCUAGUAGCACCUUGGGAAGAUACAAACAAAACGAGUUUUUAUGAAGCGCAUAGCGUUAUCAGUACUUUGUCUUGCCCUGCAAGGCACCAGUGCGAAGCUGGUUAGAAGUCUCAAGCCCCUUAUAAGUUGAUCUAAAUAAGCAGAAAUUCUCCAGGGCUUAAUCCCACGAUCCGUCUGCGGUAUAAAUUGAACGCCUGUUCAAUAAAUUUCGGUCGAUGGCCAAAAAUGUAUUGACAUCAAUACUUCUCUGCCAUUGACAGAACACUCCUAGGCUUAUUCUUACUCUGCAAUGAACUCUAAAAUUGUUUCUCCAUGAAACCAGUAAAAUUCAGGUUGACUACACUCCCGUAGUUCAACGAACACCAAUGUGAUUACGGUUUUAAACCGAUGGGGUUCAAAGAGCCAAUUAACGUAAGAUUAAGACCCUCACCUGAACAGAUCGUCGGAGCGAGACUGAGUGACGAAACUAACCCGAAAUUCUCUCAUUGUACCCUUUGCGACCGUAUUUGUCCCUAGCUUUUAGGUGUUAGGUUAUAGUCGAACACAGGGUAUUGUGGUUCUAUUUUAACGGAAGUGUUAAAAAACGAUUAGUAAGCGACACAUCGCACCCGAAACAUGAUGGCUACACAAUACUACCCCAAUACCCAACAAGUGUACAGUAUAGGUACCGUUUUAAAUCUGUCUUAAAAUAUAAGGUUUUCAGGCCGGGUUACGAUUAUACUUACAGGGAUUUAUCUAAAACGAAUUUUGAGAAAUACGUAUAAAGUAAAUAUAAAUGUGUGUUUAAAAUGUAAUACAUAACGUAUUACUAUAAAAAGUAAAACGAAUUCCUUAAACUUCGUUUUGUGAAGCAGUAAAGUUUGCAGACUAUGUUCAUUUCAAACGAGCUGGGGAAAGUAAAAAGUUAACUAGACAGGACCAGACGAUACCAACACAGGUUGGCAGUCUGCAGAACGAGUAGGACGGACAAUUUUGAUAUGAACGUAUUCGCCGAUAGCAAAGUUUAAAAAAGAUAUUUUUCAAAUAAAUAUUUAACAGUAAAAUAUGUAGAAAUGUUUGGAAAUAUUUCAAGUAAGGCACAGUUGUGAAGUUUAUCAAAACCCGGUCGAUGUUUCAUGUAGUAAGCUAAAUAAAUUACGUUUUAAUUCAAAACUCUUAUUUUAGAGGUUUAAACAAGUAAAAAUGCAUAAUAAGUAUACAUAGUGUUACGUACCUACUGGUUUAUUUGGCUCGCAUUUUGGUAUUGUGAAAAUAUUUUGUACAUAAUUCUGUGAUCAAUUUUAUCCUUGACACCUAUCAUUAACUAAAAUGAUUUUCUUUGUGAAUGAACUUAUUUUUUCGACAAGACUGUUUUUAAAUACCCAUAGAAUAGGGUGUAUUCAAUUGAAAUUUAUCAGAUUUAAGAGUAAAUAGCAAAUGUACUACCUGGACCAACCCAAUAGGGCCUGGUCUUCACGUAUGAAGUUUUGAUAAUUUGAAUUUAAAAUGUAGUAAUCAGAGUCUUGUCGUCUAAAUAUGUAAUUGGCCUAAAUCAACAC